UUGUUGAUGUGGUCAUCUUCUGUACUUCUGUCCGUCCUGGGAGAGGGAUCCCUCACAUGAGCUCUCUACAUGCCCCCCUCCUGUUUACAGGUUUCUUUGUCUUUUGUUCUCACUGUCUCUCUCUUGACAGUAUGAUCGUAUGAAUGGAAGGUACUAUGAAAGAGAUUCCUCAUCAAGUGAUCCAGCACAAACAGUUUCACUUUGUGGUAGAAUGAGAUUGUCUGUCAUAAACCAUAGAAAAUAAAUACUGCAGUUCUUUACUGGACAACAACUACAGGUAGAGCCCCUCCUCCUGUGAACACCACGCCCCUCCUCUGUGACACCUGAGCGGACUGAGUCUCACCUGUCUCUCCUCUCUCUCCUCAGUCUCCCGUUUCACCUGUCUCACCUGUCUCACCUGACUCCCCUGUCUCACCUCUCUCACCUGUCCCACCUGACUUCACCUUCCCCUGAAACAUAAUGGCGCGGUGCGGAUACCGCGGGGAGUAAUCGGAGGGGGGGGGACAGUGUGACCUGAGCUCAGCCGCCGUGUGAGGCCAUGGAGCCGGUGUACCGGGGUCUGGGCCGCUGCGUCUGCUGCUUCUGGCUCGCGGUGGCUUUUGACAUCGUGGGACUGCUCGUGCUCCUCAUCGGGGUGUUCGUCAACGUGUUCUUCUACGACCUGCUCAUCUACGCGGGCGCCAUCGUCAUCUUCCUCAGCCUCAUCUGGUGGGUGUUCUGGUACUCGGGGAACAUCGAGGUCCCCCAGUCGGAGCUGCAGGAUGACGUCGGGCUCCCGAAGAAGGAGACGGGCGCUCUGAGGGGCCUCGGCGGGGCGGUGAGGCGCUUCUCCAGCCGCGUGUCCAGCGGCAUCCGGAGCUCGUUCCGCUCGAGCGGGAGGGAGUCCGGUGCCCGUGCGCGCGCCCAGAGUUCGGUGGCCCCGCGUGCGGAGCAAGUGACCAUUGCUAUGGCAACGAGGAGCCCACAGGAGGACAGCUCGCGUGCCGCUGGCUCCUGUGACGUAGAGAUGCCGAACACCUCCACUGAGACUUCAGCUACAUAACAGACAAUGACUCAUCAUUGGUUCCUGGAAGCACUACACGGAGGAGAGGCUGCCCGGCAUUGCACGACGCUGUUGACAUUCAACUCUUCUACUGUUAUAUCUAAAAGAAUUGUUAGCUGAAGUUGAGUGUUGGAGGACACACUGUAAGACUUGACUACAGAUACGAACUGAAAAACUGAAUGAAUUUACACAGUAAAGGUCUAGUCACUGAUAUUUGUAAUCAUUUUUGUAACAGUUUCGAUCAAAGCAUGUGAUUGAAUUGUCUCAUCAUGAUGUUGUACCCAGUAUUUGUUCCUCAUGCCUGUUUUGUUAAAGGUCGAUUUUAAUGUCACUUCCUGUCCAACAAACAAACUGCUGCGUCACUGCAGCAUGAGUUAAAAACAUCCUGCUGUUAUUGAAUGAUAAUUCUUGACCGCAGUUUUCUGUUAUCUGUGUUCUUUUUGAUGGUGGAAGAGACAGACUACCUUUGAAAACUGUUUUCACAACUUUAAACUGACCCAACCUAAUGGAGACUGGCAUGUUUCCCUUCUUCAACCUUGACUGAACGUUUACUUAGUUUCUGCUUCCAACUCAAUGACGACAUGUCAAAGAAGUUGCAUAGAGGCUGCAUUUUCUUUUAGAUAAUCUCAAGUUGAGCAUAACUGAGCAGGUUCUUUGUGCAGUGUGAUCCUGUCUUUGGUUGUGUUGUGUGUAUAUGUAUGUAUUGUAAAAUUGAUUGUUAUAUGUUU